AUGGCGGAUGUAAGACCCGAAUUACCUGAAGGUUACUUGGGUGCCCAGGGGUCAUUCGGGGAACUUGAGAAGGAAAAUAACGAAUAUGUGUUCACUCAUACGAGGGACAAUAUUGUCGAGUUUGUGAUACAGCUUCCGGAGAUGGGCUACUACAAGCUCCAGUUGUUUGCCCUGCCCGUGUCCGACGAUAGUAAGUACCUUCCCAAUGUCUUCAAUUACCUGAUCCACUUUACUCGGGCAAUGCAGCCCGUGUAUCCCUACCCCAAACAGUAUGCACAGUGGAAGGAAGGAUGCUACCUGAAUAAGCCCCUCAUCCUUCACAACGAGGCUACGCUAACCAAUAUCCAGUUGAGCGUGCAUGUACCGCGCGCUAAGGGCGUGGCUAUAGUAGCCAACGUGGAGUGGUUCCACUUUGAAAAUCGCGGGGGACCGGUUUGGGAAGGCACUUUGAGCCUGGACCACCUCUGGGGCAAAAACCCCAAGAUCAUCUUAAAUGCCAAUCUUUCCGACGACGAGACAAAGUACUGUACGUUACUGGAAUACAAGCUAUAGAGUGAUACAACAGAAGGCAAUGCUAGAUUCAGUACAUUCCAUUAUAACAUGAACGAAGGA